GUCACCUAACUCCCCCUAGUAACCCUCGGCGGCGUCUCGGAAGAUAGCCGGAGAAUUUCAAGAUGGGUUUGCUGUCAAUCCUUAGAAAACUAAAGAGUGCCCCUGACCAGGAGGUCCGUAUUCUGCUCUUGGGAUUAGACAAUGGUGGGAAAACAACACUUCUUAAACAGCUGGCCUCUGAAGAUAUUAGUCACAUCACACCAACACAGGGCUUUAACAUUAAGAGUGUGCAGUCGCAGGGCUUCAAACUGAAUGUCUGGGACAUUGGAGGCCAGAGGAAGAUUCGGCCGUACUGGAGAAACUAUUUUGAAAAUACAGACGUGCUUAUUUAUGUCAUAGACAGUGCAGACAGGAAGAGAUUUGAAGAAACAGGACAGGAGUUGUCUGAGCUACUGGAUGAAGAGAAACUCAAUGGCGUGCCUGUUUUAAUCUUUGCCAACAAGCAAGACCUGCUGACAGCGGCUCCAGCCUCUGAGAUCGCUGAGGGCCUGAACCUGCACACCAUUCGGGACCGCAUGUGGCAAAUCCAGUCCUGCUCCGCUCUUACAGGAGAGGGAGUUCAAGACGGCAUGAAUUGGCUCUGCAAGAAUGUUACUGCAAAGAAGAAGUAGUGACUCAAGCUCCUUCUGUUCACCGAUCCAGAGAAUGUGAAAAACUCUGUAGGCUGUGUGGAUUCUCUACCAGCUUGUUAAAUGAAGGUGAACCCCGAUGCCAGCUGGCGAUGUUCAGGGGAAUGUUUCUGACCCUAACCCAUUGGGGCCAGCUAAGCUAUCACCAUUCUCUCUGUCAUUCUCUUUCCAGUUACUCUGUAAACACUGUGCAAUAGCAUGUUGUUCUUUAUAAUAUUACAGUCAACCACUGAAGUUGUGUGUGUGUGUGUGUGUGUAUGUGUGUUCAUGUUUGUAUAUCCCGGUGGGGACCUAAACCUGAACGCACACCAACACAUGGGGACUCGUGUCACCGUGGGGACCAAAAUUGAGGUCCCCAUGGGCAAAAAAGCUUAUAAAUUGUACAGAACAAUAUUUUUUUUAAAUCUAAAAAUGCAAAAAGUUUUCUAUGAUCUUUAGGUUUAGGGAUAGGGUUAGGGAUAGGGGAUAGAAUAUACAGUUUGUACAGUAUAAAAAACAUUACGCCUAUGGACUGUCCCCACGGAGAUAGUAAACCAGACAUGUGUGUGUGUGUGUGUGUGUUAGAUCUAGUUUGAUAUAUUUUUCCACAUCAUGGAUUUCUAAGACUUGUUUGUUGUAGAUGUUUUAUACUAUCCUAGAUUUUUUUACAGACUGUUGCAUUACAAAGAGAAAGCAUUACUUGCAUAGCCUGUGUCUGCUUUGGCUGGCUUGAAUCGCAACGUUAUGAAAGCCAAACUGUCAAAUAUUUAUCUGAGGGAUGAAUGUAGAGUUAAAUCACAUUGCAAAGCAGUCAACCCAGAGUUAGUUGACAGGUGUGCUUGUAACAGGUUUAACAAGCUUAAGCAUCUGGUUGUUGCAGUAGAGGUUCUUUGUAUUUAUGAGGGCAAAAGCAUUAAUUUCACAUGAUGUCCUUGUAAAUGAACAGUUAGAUCUCUUUUACAAACAGGAAAUGGGUUUAGAGCAGGUGGUGCUGUAGCAAAACCGUUUUUAUAGCCUCUAAAGAUUUUUAAUCAUGUCUUGUUUGUUCUGUCCGUUUUACCAAAUUAAACGAGACGUUUUAA